AUGUGGAACGACGAGGAUAACAACCCGUACGGCGCAUUCGAUAACGAGGCGCAUCUCUCCGAGUCGCUGCAUUCGGCCACCCUUCCUCCUACUCUCUAUGACCGCGAAUAUACCCCUCCAUCUCCUUCCAGCCGAUCAUCUACCGACAAUCCCCCCGACUUCCUCUCACAGCAGCAGGACCUCAGCGACGAAGACGAGGCUCCAGACUAUGCUACCCAACAAGCUGGCCAUGGCUACCUCCGCAAGAGUGUAUAUGAUAGUCGGAUAGAGCAGCUUCUUUACGAAAACCCGGAGAUGCCGAUCCUCAUCACAGACGCUGGGAAGAACCACGAAGGCGGCGGCAGCUUCAUUGUGUACACAAUACGCACUGGAGAUCUCGAGGUCCGCAGACGUUACUCUGAGUUCGCGUCGCUGCGACAAACCCUCGUCAACCUUCAUCCGACCCUCGUCAUCCCGCCCAUUCCCGAGAAACAUACCAUGGCCGAUUAUGCCGCCAAGCCCACCAAGGCUAAGGAAGACACCGCCAUAAUCGACCUCCGCAAACGCAUGCUGGCCGUCUUUUUGAAUCGUUGUCGCCGGAUGAAGGAGGUUCGUGAGGAUGGAGUCUGGUGGCGGUUUUUGGACCCCAAUGUUAGCUGGAGCGAGGUCCUACAUUCCCAUCCCGCAUCGUCCGUGCCGAAGAAUAAUCUAAAGGCCCCUCCGCUUGACCCCGCCAAUCCCACCCCCGCUCAUGCCUGGCUACCAGUGCCAUCGUCAUCCGCGAAGCUCAAGUCUGCGGGAGGCGCUGCGCCUGCGCCUGCUCCCGCUCCAGAAACGCCCGGGCCUGAUGUUCUCGGUCGCUUCCCGCCAGAGUCACGGAAGCUGAGUGAAAAGGAGCUAGAUCCGUACUUUAUCAAUUUCGAGGCAUCUACGCGUGAGUUGGAGUUGCUUCUGCAAGGGAACAUUGAAAAGGUCAAUCGUCGCACAUUGGCCCAUCUGUCAUCCUUGUCGGCCGAUCUGAUGGAGCUUGGGGCACGGUAUAACGGAUUCUCCCUAUCAGAGCCUUCGCCGACCGUGGCAGCGGCCAUCGAACGGGUCGGUCAAGCCGCUGAUACUUCCUACAUUGAGACGGAGGAGCUGUCAUCGCAACUUAGUGCCAGCUUCGCUGAACCGAUGAGGGAAAGCGCCCAGUUUGCCAGCGUUGUGCGCAGUGUUCUACGAUAUCGGGUUCUCAAACGAGUGCAGGAAGAGAUGACGCGAGACGAGCUGGCCAAGAAGAAGACGCUGCUCGACUCUUUGGAGCGCAGUGAAAUGGAGGCGAAACGAAUUGAGCAGUACCUCAAUCGCACUUCGCCCCCAGGAGGGGCCACGAGAACGCAGCGGUCUCUGUCCGCAUCGUCGGCCGUCAGUGCGCCAGGAGGCACCGAGGGUGAAGCCCGUCCAGCUGGUUCUGAAGACGGUGCAUCAGUCGAAUCGGAAUUUCCUCCCACGCACGGCGAUUCCAUCAAUUCUCACCCGCCUCCAACGGCACAGCGGCGUCCGGACUUUGGAGGUGCAUCGCCGGCGCAUCGCAAGACGUCUAGUGGGACCUUUGUGGCGAACAAGAUCUUCGGUCGGAUCAGCCACGCGGUCCACGGCUUUGUGGAUGUUGAUCCGGAGCGAACCCGUCGCGACCAGAUCGGCAAGACGAAAGAAAGUCUGGUGCAGCUGGAGCAAGCACUUGGGGUGUCCGAAAAGGAUGUUAAGGAUGCCAGUGCGGGAGUGUUGCAGGAUCUGAAGCGAUUCCAGAAGGACAAGGAGAUGGAUCUGCGACGGUACAUGGUUGCAUAUGCACGGUGCCAUCUGGACUGGGCGCGCAAAAAUCUGGAGACGUGGACGGAGGCCAAAGAUGAGGUGGACAAGAUUGUAGUUAGGUAG